GUGGACAACAAUAAUGAUAAUACUACCGGUGCUGCUUCUGCCGGUAAACGGGACAGUCAGGUCAARCCGGGAAAGUUAUCAUUGAAAACAAAAUUUUUCUAUAGUCUCGGACAUGUCUACAAUGAUCUGACUGUCAGUAUAUGGUUUUCCUAUACUUUACUAUAUUUUAAAUUUCAAUUUAACGAUUCAAUGGCCGGUGCUUUAAUAUUAAUUGGUCAAGUGGCCGAUGCCGUGGCCUCGCCUGUUGUCGGCUUUCAAUCGGACAAAACGCCCGACUGUUUUAUCUUUAGGUACGGCCGCMGGAAAACGUGGCACCUGUUGGGUGUCAUCAUGAAUACCGUCAGCGUUCCCAUUGUCUACAAUACGCCCUGUUUUCCCGGUAAUUGUGAAUCGUCGUCAACGUGGGCCCGGUUUGCCUACUAUGCCUUUAUGAUUAUCAUAUUUCAAGCCGGAUGGGCAGCUACUCAGGUUAGCCAUGUUAGCUUGAUUGUCGAUUUGACCCAGGACACCAAUGAGAGGAUAGCCCUAAAUGCAUACAGACAGGCGGCAACUAUCGGYGCCAAUAUAUGUCUGUACAGUGUUAUGCUCGGUGUUAUCGGUUUCGGCAGUACCGACACAUUUGGCCAAAAAGAUCUGGAAGUUAUUACCAAAGUUUCGUACAUAGUAUGCGGCAUAGGUAUCAUAUUUAGCAUACUGUUCCACGUGUUUAUCAGGGAACCCGACAAUCUGGCCGCCAAACCCCGAAAAGUUCGGCCAUCAGUGUUUACCGUCGAAACCAAACGUAUUGUCCAACAGUCGCGCGGUUCGACCACUACGAUGACACUGUUGGCCCAGAAUCAACCCGAUACCGAUAGUAGUGGUCGGCCAUCCAUAUGUGCCCUACCGGAGCCCAUGGAUCAGGAUAUGGAAAGGUAUCUCAAGUCCAAGGCUGGCCAAAAACGUUGGACACAUUGGCUGAAAAGUUUGAAUUUCUGGAAAAUUACAGCCAUGUAUACAAUGGCCCGUAUGUUUGUCAAUUUGAGCCAGGUCUAUAUACCCCUGUAUCUGCAAGAUACAUUACAAAUGCCCAAGAACACUAUAGCUAUCAUACCGUUUGCUACAUAUGUUGCGGGACUGGUAUGCAGUUUUGCUGCCAAACCAUUAUCGGCUAGACUGGGAACACGGUGGGUACUCCUAAUUGGUACAGCAUUUGGUGUGGCCUCCUGUGUCUGGAUGUGGAUCGGCAACGAUUCCGCCGCUUAUAAGUCAUGGCAAGUGUACGGUGUGUCGGCAUUCAUAGGUAUCGGCGGUACUGCACUGCUAAUAGCCAGUCUAUCACUGACCAGUGACCUGAUUGGCUCAAAUACGGCUACCGGUGCCUUUGUAUUUGCAGCCAUGAGCUUCUUUGAUAAAUCAAUUAACGGUUUGGUUAUUGCACUGUUAGAGCAUUUUAAUCCGAAAAACCUCGUACCGGGCGAACCGGUCGACUACUAUAAACUAAUAUUAAUAUUCAUAACCGGCUGUUCAUCAUUGAUAAUACUAGCCGGUCUAUUGUCUAUAUUGAAAACUAGAUACGGACUCAGGGCACCGAAAAUGGGUGGUCGGACCAAUAAUGUACAGGCCAUACAUUAA